GAACGUCAAACUCGCUAUGACAAAAAAACGUAAUGGUUUCGUUUCCGAACGCGAAAUGAUGCUUUGACGGGACGGCUGUUGAAUGCAGUGGACUUGUUAUUCGCUUUCAAAGUGAUUUAUUCGUUUCUCUUGUUUUAUCACUAUGAAAACUGUGCUUAUUCUUUAACCAUGUUGAAUCAAACAUCAACUGAGGCGUUGCUCUCAGCAACUUACGUCGAGAACUACUUAGAUUGUGUUGAAAAUCUUCCGAAUGACCUGCAGAGGCAUUUAUCGCGUAUGCGAGAGCUUGACGUAACAUACAGAGAAUGCCUUCGGGAAGCUGAGAAGCACUUAGCAGUAUGUAUAGGACCCAACACAGACGAACGUCGCCGAAGCCGCGCGGCUUUGCGGCUGCAAACAGUGCUAGUAGCAGCUCAGGAGAUAGGCGACGAGAAACUACAAGUUGUACAGAUACUACAAGACCUAAUUGACAACAAACAAAGGUCACUUGAUGCAGAUCAUAAAAAACUAUUAUCUUGCCUGGAGGUGAAGACAAAUGGUACAGUGAAAGAAGAUCCCGCUCCAGCCCCAGAAGCUAUCAGAACUGUGGAGAAAGAGACCCCAGCACCAGUGGUUACACCACAGCAUGCACCACCUCCUCCACCGCCUGAACGAAGCAAUGAAAAGGAAAAAGAGAAAGUUGACCGAGACAAGUCCGGAGGUGAACGUUGGUCAAAACGCGCACGACGCUCACGAACAACGGCAGGUGCAGCCACAGACGGAGCAGAUUCCAGUGAACGAGACAGUGAAAGGCACGCCCACAACACCACACACAAGAAAGGUAUCGGCAAAAAGAAAAAGCGUAAAGCACGUCAAGCAGCACAACGUUCAGAAACACCGCCCGAAGAGACAGAUGCUAUCGACCCUGACGAGCCGCGGUACUGUCUUUGCGACCAGAUAUCAUUCGGCGAGAUGAUCCUUUGUGACAAUGAUCUCUGUCCCAUUGAGUGGUUCCACUUCUCAUGCGUCUCACUCUCGACGAAACCUAAAGGAAAGUGGUUCUGUCCAAAGUGCCGUGGCGAUAGACCCAACGUCAUGAAACCUAAAGGACAAUUCUUAAAAGAGCUAGAACGGUAUAACAGGGAGAAAGAGGAGAAAGCAUAGUCUCGUUAGAUACCUAGGUUUAAGGUUCAUGUGGAUUUGAAAUCAGUGAAUACAACUGCAAUACACGAUGGUGCUUGUGGUAGGUAUCAAAUUGUGAUAAAUUAACUUAAGACCUUCAAUUAAGUAGCUAUAGUGGGAGUGUAAGCUGCUAGUGAUAUCCUGACCCCUGCAAGUUCCAAUAUUUUAAAUGAAAUAUUAAAGUAUUCACUUGUUUCUAGUCCAUGUAUAGGCAAUAUGCCUAGAACACUUUCAAGUAUUGAAAUGUGAUUUAAAUUUUAUGAAUAUUGAGUUCUUUCUAUGUGACGUGUGGUCGUAACAGUAAGUUGCGAUAUUAAUUGAUGUAUGACUAGUUGAAUCUCCACAACAGUUCAAGAUAGAAGUAAACGAAUCUAUGUUGUAAUUGACUCCGCGAUUUGACGAAAUGUUGUAAAUAUAUUAGUUAUGUAAUUGUCAAAUACGGAACUUUAAGUACAGUACGGCAUAACUUAGAUACGCAAUAUGGCAACUUUGAAUAGAAAGCAUUCUGUAUAAAAUAGUUGCAAACAGAUUUAAUUUCUUACAUUAAAUAAGUUAUAUUCAAUAUAAGGAUUAAUAAAUAAUGCAUAGUGGUUUUAUUGUAAUAUCUACAUUAAUCUGUACCGCAGUUGAAACAAUAAAUAUUUAUUAUUUUCUAAAUUCAAUAAACCAGUUUCUUCAUAGUCUGUGUUUGUUAUUCACGAAAUUUGGAGAGUCCCGCUAUCAGUACUUUUUAUUAUGAUUAUUUUAUAGAUUAGAUAUGGGUGCACAUGUAUCGCAGUAGUAUCUUUAGCGUAACCUCGAAAUUUAUAUUACGUUAACUACUGCCUCAAGAAAAUGUCAAUAAAACACGAUUUCUCCAUUAGUGAUAUACAUGUAUGCCUUGUCGUCAAUUCACACGAUAAAGAUUUAUCAUCGUGCAUUAUCAAUCAAAAUUAUAUGACAACAAUUAAAUAGAGGAAAAAUAUGCUACAACUUUAUACCUCUACUAGCCCCAUCUAAUCUACAAAGUACAAUGAAACCUAAAAAUAUGGACACUCAAAAACAUCCUAAUCUGUUCGCCCGCAAUAAAGUAGCCACUGAGAUGGA